UAUAAAUUGAUAAAAUGGUUAUGAACUCAAGUUUGAUUCCUCUAGCGGUUGUGGUAAUAAUCCUGAAUGCUUUCUGUCUGAUAGCUAUUGGAAUCCUGGCACGAAACUACUGGAAGAUCAAGAUCAGAGAGUUCUACUUUUAGAGCAAUCAUUCUAUUCUUGGUAAUAGCCUAUUUAGUCAGGAUCUCAGCCAUGAUUUAUGUGUUUUUCGGACCUGAAAAGAAUUGGGAGUAUAACAGUCAAAGUGAUAAAGUUGUACCCUUAGGACGAAACUGGCUAAUUUAUGGACCUAUAGUUCUUCAUACUUUCUCUAUCUUUACUUAUUCAUGCAGAUGGACUAGCUUCUGAAUUAUGACAACAGCCCAGAUUAGUAUCAGGGAGAAAAGAAUCAAAACUCAGCAAUGUCUUGUGAAAGUUGCUUAUAUAUCUGUUAUUAGCCUAUGCUUCAUUAUAUACGUGGUUUAUCCAUUCACUAUUAAAAGUAAGCUUAAUAUCCUGCCAGGCUUUAUGAUAGCACUUAACUUAAUUUGACCUUUACUACUACUUUUUGUUGCUAAUUAUUUCCUAUGCAUUCUUAAAAAUAAUGAAAGGUUCUUGUAUAAGCAAAAAGCCACUCCGAUUAGAAUCUACACCUCAUUAAUUGCCUUCUGGCUCUUGGUAAGAUGAUCAGGGCUAGCUCUUGACUUUUAUGUUCAAAUGAUGGGUCUAGAUCAUAAAGAUCCUUCAUAUACCCUUAUAAAUGUUAAUGAUUAUGUAUGGCUUACAUGCUACUUCACUGAACUAUUCCCUUCAAUCUCAAUCAUGAUCGUUCUUUGGAAAUCCUUUAAAGAAAUGCAAAUAAUCCUUGCGAAGAAAGAAAAUAAAAUUCAGACUAAAACUGAAAGUGAUGGUUCUCUAGUAAAGCGAGAUAAUGCUGAUGAAACAGCCUUACUUCAGAAGCAAUUGCUCAAGACAAAGCCAACUUCAGAUUUUAUUGAUGAAGAAGAGAAAGGAAGUAUCAAACACUCGAGCUUCUUGUCCUAUAGCUUAUUUGGAGAUGAAGAAAAAGAAACAAUAUCUCGUGAUGUAUAAUAUUUUAAUUAGAAGA